AUGGGCCAGAGCCCUCGAGCACAGAGCAAGUAUCUGAAGGAUCACAAAGAAAUCACGCAACACCUCACACUCAUGUUCCCGAGUCAACAUAUGAGAUCUUUCAGCACUGAUGACAUCCUGACUGGGGAGACGGCUGGGCUCUUGAGAUCCUAUCAAGAAGGGAUCGGAGUAUGGAUGGACAUCUUUGACAGCUCUCAUACCUACCAGAAUGAGGUAGUCCGUCAUUCUCUAUCAUCACCGCUUCUGAUGCAUGCCGCGUGCGCCCUCUCAGCCAAGCAGAUGAGUCUAACUCAGAAUAAAUUUCUGUGGGAGCCUGUUUCUUCUCGCUUCUACGGCAAAAGCCUCAGUCUCCUCAUCAAUGACCUGACUGAGCAGAGCACCGACCGUGAGCUUUUACUCGCAGCAACAAUUCUUCUGUGUAGUUAUGAAUUACUGGCACAGCCCGGAAUUGAUUAUCAAAGGCACUUGUAUGGUGCUCAUACUCUUAUCUCUAGUCGCAACAUCGACGAAGAAGGGACCGCAUUUGAGAAAGCCAGUUUUUGGAUUUAUGCGCGGCAAGACGUCGCUUUGGCCCUUGUUAAUGAGCGUCCAACAUUAAUGCCUCCAGCAAAGUGGCCGACGCCCACCAAGAAUGCAGGGUCUCUAGAAGAUCGCGUCGGCAACAAGAUUCUGUGGAUGCUAGCAAUGGUUAUGGAAGCAAAAUUCAAGUCAGCAAAUACCAAUUGGACCGAUACUGAACUCACAAAUUUCGAAAGUCUAGUAUCAGAAAUUGACUCGUGUUGGGCUGGGCUCCCUUCUCACGUCCGAGGUGUCCGCAUGAAAGAUGCUCUUCUAGAGGAAGAGAGUCUUUUCAGGGUUUGGUUUUGUACUCCUUCGGCCUCGGCUUUGUGUCUCUACUACCACAUGGCCAAGAUCUUGGCCUACGAAUGCCUGUUGGAGAGGCUCCACGAAUUGCCUCCUCGAACAGAACGAGGUGAGGAGUUGCUGCGAUCAAUCGGUCCUCACGCUCGUUCAAUUGCAUCGACAAGUCUCUCUUCCGAUCUUACAGAUGGCGCAUUAGUUGUUGCAGUGAAUCCUAUUUUUUAUGGUAACCCUCGGCCUCUUUUAAUCAGUGAGCAAGAGAGCUGA